AUGAAUAUUAUUUUUUUGUUGUUGUCAGGCCAUUCACCCCCCCUACAUUUAUCUAGGAUCCUUAAAUCACUGGCUGUUCAAAGUGGGUUACCUGUGUUGGUGACCAAUAACGUGGUAUCUGAUUCAAAAGCUUCAAUAAUUACUGGAGGAAUAAAACCUGCAUUAGGGCAAACCUGGUCCCACAUUCCUAACACCAGAGUAUUCAUUCAAAAAGGACAAGUGCCAUCAAACGACAAACAAGUCUGCGAAAGAAUUGCAACCGUCACAAAAUCAUCAAGGCAGCCUGUGCAAAUAUCAACAACAUUUUAUAUACAAACCGCGGGAAUAUUAGAUAUCCCACACGUCGCCUCCAAGAAUGAUUAUGUUAAAAAUUAGAUGAAAAGAUCAUCAUGCGUGUAAAGUAGG